AUUGACCUCUUUCAUCUUAUCUGCCAACCAAGCCUGUAGCAAGCUAUUGGUACUUGAAACCGCCGCAUUUUAUUUAUUUAUUCGUUUAGAGUCUCGAUAGUCAUGCCUCCAAAGCCUGCAUCCACUGGUGGAAAAGGCCCGGCGGCGGCGGCGAAGACCCCAGCCAAAACAACCGAGGGAGUCAAGGCAGGAAAAAAGACUGCCAAGACAGCGGCUCCCAGUACUGCAGGAGAAGAAAAGAAGAGGGGUAGGAAACGAGUCCGCAAGGAGACUUGGUCUUCUUACAUUUACAAAGUCCUGAAGCAAAUUCAUCCCGACACGGGAAUUUCCAACAAGGCUAUGGCCAUUUUGAACUCCUUCGUGAACGACAUAUUCGAGCGUGUUGCGACCGAGGCGUCCAAAUUGGCUGCAUACUCAAAGAAGUCGACGAUUUCAUCCCGUGAAAUUCAGACAGCUGUACGACUCAUUCUACCUGGAGAGCUUGCAAAGCACGCUAUUUCCGAGGGUACCAAGUCAGUAACCAAGUACUCUAGCUCUGGGGGAACCAAGUAGGCGGAUCUCGUUCUCAUCUUACUGUAUCCUUAGUCGGGGGAUCCGUGUCCUGUUGCAUCUGGUGUAUCUUUAUGUUACAACUCUAAGUUUUGUAUUUGCUACGGCCAGUGGACAUUCGGUCCGAUUGAUUAUGACUUGAUUGCAAAACGCG